GCCCUCUUACCCAGAAUGCAGUGCAGACCGUCGGCGCAGGCUCAGCUGAGCUAUAAAAAGGCGUCGUGUGGGGGAAGGAGGGCUGCCGUUCAGCGGGAACCGUGCACUCACUGGUGGGGAGAUACACAGGGUCGGCGGCCAGCCCCUUGCACCAGGAAAUCAGGAGACAGGAGACACAGGACAGACAAGCUCAAAGAUGCUAAAAUCAUCUUUGUGGUCGGCGGGCCCGGGUCCGGCAAAGGCACGCAGUGCGCAAUGAUGGUGAAAAAGUACGGCUUCACCCACUUGUCAUCCGGGGACUUGCUGCGUGCCGAGGUGGCCUCGGGCUCUGAGAGGGGCAAGCAGCUUCAAGCCAUCAUGCAGAAGGGAGAGCUUGUGCCACUGGACACAGUGCUGGACAUGAUUAAGGACGCCAUGAUCGCCAAAGCCGAUGUAUCCAAGGGCUUCCUCAUCGACGGCUACCCCCGUGAGCUGAAGCAGGGCGAGGAGUUUGAGAAGAAGAUCGGCAAACCGUGCCUGCUGCUGUAUGUUGACGCCAAGUCCGAGACCAUGGUUAAGAGACUUCUGAAGCGUGGCGAGACCAGCGGCCGCUCGGACGACAACGAGGAGACCAUCAAGAAGCGACUGGACCUCUACUACAAGGCCACCGAGCCCGUCAUCGCCUUCUACGAGAAGCGCGGCAUUGUCAAGAAGGUGGACUCGGAACUUCCGGUGGAGGAGGUCUUCAGCCAAGUCGCCAAAGCUAUUGAUGCACUGUAGUUUAAAAAAAAGAAAAAAGAA